AUGGCACACUUGAUGGUAUGCGACACUUCUGCCGAAAUGUGGAAACGAUUGGAAACGGUCAUGGUCAUAAGUCAGAAGCGAAGCAAUGAUACAGAAAGCCAACAAAAACCAAAGUCAAAAUUCUGUGUAUAUUGCAAAAAACACGGACAUAUAAAGCAAGACUGUAGAUUUAAAAAGGCAAGAGAAAAAAAGGCAAAAGAAGAGAAAGCAAAGGAUGAAAAAUCAACACGACUCUCACUAAUAGCAACUCGAGGUCAAGAUUUUAAAAUGGACACCGAUUGGAUUCUCGACAGCGGAGCAAGUGAUCAUAUGACUUUUCACGCAGAAUGGUAUAAUCGAGACGAAUUUACUGUUUAUAAAAUUCCACGGAAGAUAAAGGUUGGAAAUAAGCAUUUAAUCGAUGCGAUUGGAGAAGGAAAUAUAAACGUGGAAGUCUUCGAUGGAAGCAAGUGGAUUUCAGCCACUCUCAAGAAGGUGCUGUAUGUGCCAGAGCUCGCUCACAACGUAUUCUCAGAAGGGACCGUUUUGGAUAAAGGUUUGACUUAUGAAGCAGAUCAAACCGAAUGUAAGUUCAGCCAGGGAAACAUCGUUGUCGCAACGGGUACAAGAAUCGGUAAGCAGCAUCGACUCUCAUUUCCGUCUAGUUCAAGUAGAAAAGUCACACCAGGAAAAUUGCUUCAUGUAGAUUUAAACAGUCCAAUGGAAAUUGAUUCUAUUGGAGGCUCUAACUAUUUUAUCAAUUUCAGAGAUGAUGCUUCCUCUUAUCGAACUGUCUACUUUAUGAAGCAUAAGAGUGAAACUAAGAACAUAAUUCAAAAACACAUAAAACUAGUGGAGAAUGAUACCGGAAAUCGAAUCGGAAUACUGAGAUCAGAUAACGGCACUGAGUUCAUCGAUAAAGUUGUAAAGAACAUUAUAGAAGAACAUGGAAUGCGACAUCAAUUAUCAAUUGCGCUUAUACGCCAGAGCAGAAUGGACGCGCAGAACGUGACAAUAGGACUAUUGUGGAAAGUGCCAGAAGCAUGA